CCAUCCGUUUGCGCCACUGCCCUCCGCUCCCCACGGCGCCGUGCGCCGCCACGCUCCCGCGUUAUCCUCUUCCAAAUCCAAACCCAAACCCCUCGAGCUCACCUGCUAGUCUAGGGUUUUUCGCCGUUGCCACCCCACCAGCACCGCUAGCCGGGCGGCGCGCGCAGGCUCUAAUGGCGCUUGCAGGCCCCUCCCACCUCCUGUCCUCCUCCUCAGCCUGCCUCCGCCGUCUCAACCCGCUGCUCUUCUUCGCCCACCGCCGCCCGGCGUGGACCCCGCGCCGCGCCGCCCACAGGUUCUGCGCAGCAGUUGCCUCUGAGAGGGAUGUGUUCACCUCCCCUGAAGUCGCCAAGUCGUUCGACUUCAUCAGCGAGGAGCGGAUUUAUAAGUGGUGGGAAUCUCAAGGAUUCUUUAAGCCUAACUUCGACCGUGGAGGUGACCCAUUUGUCAUUCCUAUGCCACCUGCAAAUGUGACUGGAUCAUUGCAUAUGGGUCAUGCUAUGUUUGUUACCCUUGAGGAUAUAAUGAUAAGGUAUUUCCGUAUGAAAGGGAGGCCUGCACUUUGGAUACCUGGUACCGACCAUGCUGGGAUUGCAACUCAGUUAGUUGUGGAAAAGAUGUUAGCUGCUGAAGGCAUCAAAAGAGCAGAUCUUACCCGGGAGGAGUUCACUAAAAGAGUUUGGGAGUGGAAAGAGAAGUAUGGGAGUACAAUCACUAAUCAGAUUAAGCGGUUGGGUGCAUCUUGUGAUUGGACUCGUGAAUGCUUCACGCUAGAUGAUCAACUAAGUCAUGCAGUUGUUGAAGCAUUCAUUAGGCUUCAUGAAAAAGGACUUAUAUAUCAAGGAUCUUAUUUGGUCAACUGGUCUCCUAACCUGCAGACUGCAGUAUCUGACUUAGAAGUUGAAUACUCCGAAGAACCUGGCUAUUUGUACUAUAUGAAGUAUCGUGUUGCUGGUGGAUCGAGGGAUGAUUUUAUGACUAUUGCAACAACACGACCUGAGACUCUAUUUGGUGAUGUUGCGAUUGCUGUUAACCCAGAGGAUGAGCGCUAUGCAAAAUAUGCUGGAAAAUUGGCUAUUGUACCCUUGACAUUUGGGAGACAUGUUCCUAUCAUUGCUGAUCGGUACGUUGAUCCAGAAUUCGGAACAGGGGUGCUGAAGAUUAGCCCUGGACAUGAUCAGAAUGAUUAUCAUAUUGCUCGAAAGCUUGGGCUGCCAAUUCUUAAUGUUAUGAACAAAGAUGGCACAUUAAAUGAUGUUGCUGGAUUAUACAGUGGUAUGGAUCGUUUUGAGGCACGAGAGAAGCUGUGGUCUGACCUUGUUGAGACUAACUUGGCAGUGAAGAAGGAACCCUAUACACUUAGAGUUCCCAGAUCUCAACGUGGUGGUGAAGUCAUAGAGCCCUUGAUUAGUAAGCAGUGGUUUGUCACAAUGGAGCCAUUGGCUGAAAGGGCCCUCCAUGCUGUUGAAAAAGGGCAACUCACUAUUCUUCCGGAGAGAUUUGAGAAGAUAUAUAAUAAUUGGUUAACAAAUAUAAAAGAUUGGUGUAUAAGUAGACAAUUGUGGUGGGGCCAUCGGAUACCAGUCUGGUACAUCGUUGGAAAGAAAUGUGAAGAAGACUAUGUUGUUGCCAGAAAUGCAGAGGAGGCACUUGCGAAAGCUCAGGAAAAAUAUGGAAAAUCAGUUGAAAUAUAUCAGGAUCCUGAUGUUCUCGAUACUUGGUUCUCAAGUGCUUUAUGGCCUUUCAGCACACUUGGUUGGCCAGAUGUGUCCAGGGAAGAUUUUAAGCAUUUUUAUCCUGCAACAGUCCUUGAGACCGGCCAUGACAUUUUAUUUUUCUGGGUUGCACGGAUGGUUAUGAUGGGAAUUGAGUUUACAGGAACAGUACCAUUUUCUUAUGUCUAUCUACAUGGUCUUAUCCGGGAUUCUGAGGGGCGGAAAAUGUCAAAGUCACUGGGGAAUGUUAUUGACCCGCUAGAUACCAUGAACGAGUACGGGACAGAUGCAUUGAGAUUUACACUUUGCAUGGGCACUGCCGGCCAGGACAUUAAUCUUUCUACAGAAAGGUUGACAUCAAAUAAGGCUUUCACCAACAAACUCUGGAAUGCAGGCAAAUUUUUGUUGCAGAAUUUGCCUGAAAGAAGUGAUGCUACUGCAUGGGAUCUCUUAUUAGCAAACAAGUUUGACACAGAAGCAGCGCUUCAGCAACUACCAUUGCCAGAAGGCUGGGUGGUUACAGGACUACAUGAACUUAUCGAUAAAGUCAGCAUAAGCUAUGAAAAGUUUUACUUUGGAGAUGCAGCUAGAGAAAUCUACGAUUUCUUUUGGAGCCAUUUUGCUGAUUGGUAUAUUGAAUCUAGUAAGACUCGUCUCUACCACUCUGGUGAUGGUUCAGCUACUAUUACGGCACAAAGUGUUCUCUUGUAUGUGUUUGAAAACAUACUGAAGCUACUGCAUCCAUUCAUGCCCUUCGUCACUGAAGAAUUAUGGCAGGCAUUGCCGUACAGAAAGGAUGCACUUAUAGUUGCUCCCUGGCCUAGCACCGACCUCCCAAAGAACUUGUUGUCCAUCAAAAGAUUUCAAAAUUUGCAAUCGUUGAUAAGAGGAAUCAGAAAUGUCCGAGCAGAGUAUUCUGUCGAGCCAGCUAAACGGAUAUCAGCUUCUGUUGUUGCCACUGUGGAUGUCCUGGAGUACAUAUCGAAAGAGAAGCAGGUGCUUGCUUUGCUGUCAAAGCUUGACGCGCAGAACAUAAAUUUGACUGAAUCACUACCGGGUGAUGCAAAUCAGUGUGUCCACAUUGUUGCUGAUGAGGGUCUGGAGGCAUACCUACCUUUGGCGGACAUGGUUGAUGUGUCAGCGGAAGUUGAGCGGCUCUCUAAGCGCCUCUCUAAGUUACAGACAGAGUAUGACACUUUGUUGGCCCGCCUCAGUUCCCCGAGCUUUGUAGAGAAGGCCCCGGAAAACAUUGUUCGUGGAGUUCGUGAGAAGGCAUCCGAGGCAGAGGAGAAGAUCUCCCUUACUAAGAACCGGCUUACUUUUCUGCAGUCAACAGUUUCCACAUAAACAUAGUAGUCAGCGUGGCCCUCAGAAUGCCAAUUUUGAUUGUCAGUAAAGCAAAUCUCGAGAGAAAUGGUCACCUCAGAGUAGCACAGCAGAUCAGAACAUAAAUGGACUACAUUGAAAAGAGGCACAUUACAUUUUGGCUUAAGAAAUCCAUUUGACACCUUGAUGUACAACACAUUUUGGCUUUAAAGGUUCUUUUUUUCUUUUGCAUGCUCUACAUUUUUGUUUGAGUGUUAACGCUAAUGAUUGAUACUGGAGAAGAUUUCUCAAUUUGUAUAAUCACACAUGCACGUAAUUAUUCAGCAGGCCUCCAUCCAAGGCACAUUUUAUAACAAAUACAUUAAUUUCUGCUCAAA